AUGAGCUUUUGGAACAGAUUAAUGUCGUUAUUGCCGACUUUUAUGUUGUUUGGUGUGCUAAUAUUUUCAUACAGCAUUUAUUUCAUUACCAAUCUCAAACCCAAUUUUAAUGGAUAUACUUAUGAUAUCAUCAUAUUGCAUUGUAUUAUCAUUUUAUUCAUGGUAUCAAUGUUUAGGGCAAUGUUUUUGUAACCUGGAAUUAUUUCAACGGAAACAAUUGAUGAAACUUGGAAGUAAUGGGAAAUAUUUAAAUAAUAAGAAAAAGAGAGAUUAACAGAGGAAAAAUAAAGGAGAAGUUAAAGAUCUGUAAAAACAUUCAAAACAGAAAAUGAUGAAGAUAGAAGCGUUGUUAAUCUGGAUGCAGAAGAAAUCAUUGAAGAAGAAGACAAUACUAAUAAAGAUCAGAAUCAAAAGGUUGUAUAAAAACGAUUUUGCAAAAAAUGUUGCAUUCCUAAACCACCAAGAGCACAUCAUUGUUCAUAAUGCAAUACUUGUUGGUAGAGAAUGGAUCAUCAUUGCCAAUGGAUAAAUAAUUGUGUUGCCAGAGAUAAUUAUAAGAUGUUUUUCUGUAUGAUCUUUUAUGCAAGCGCUCUUUUAGUUUGGGUCACUAUUUCCUAAUAAAAAGUCUUUGAGUAAGUAAUUCACAUUGAUGUUUCCGAUUUAAAACUCUACAUUAUAGUGCUUCACUUUUAUUUUGUAUGUUUCCUUGCCAUCUUGAUAUCAGGUUUUUUUAUAUUUCAUGUUUAUCUUACAUCGUAAAAUAAAACAACGCUUGAACAACUUGAAGAUAAACCAGAUAAAACAAAAUAUGAUCAAGGAAUCUGGCUCAAUUUUUAAAGUGCCUUGGGAUCCAAUAUAUUGUUCUGGUUGAUACCAAUUUGA